AUGAAGACCAUGAAGUCCCGCCGCUCGGGUGGUGACCGCGGGGGCAUUCGCAAACGGGGCCCGACUCGCACCGACCGAGAUGGUGACAUGGACAUGGAUGGACCUGGCGCCCGUGGAGGCAAGAGAGGUCGUGGUGGCCCUGGUCGUCCGACUGGCUCUGGAUCUGGCUCCGGCUCCGGCUCUGGCGCUGGAGCUGGUCGUCCCGCACGCUCUGGCGGUGAUCGACCUCAGGCACGCGACAAGACUUUGGAGGCGAUCCAAAAAGCAAUCUCCAAUACCCGGGAUUCCCAGAUCAACCUCCGACAGGGAAAGACAAAUGCUGCAAGCAACCUGGAGCCGUUCAGCGUUCGUGGCUGGAAGACAAGCAAGGUCUCAUCUCAUCGUGACGGUGGCGUCGAAAACCUUGUCGCAUUUCUCGAGAGACGAAUGAACGCCAGCACCAAAUCAGGACCCCGCGCGAGAAUCACAAAGUCGCGCGUCGAAGGCGACUCUCUUGUGGUGUUUGUGCGUCCCGACUUGGCGGACAGGAUGCUCCGACUCAAUGACAGUCUUUUCGCUGGAGUUCACCUCGUCGUGGAGCCCUACGACCCCUCCUCGAGCGCCACUCUUGAUCGUGAACUGGGUACCACCACCGGCACUUCCCCAUCGACUGCGGAUACCAAGUCCAAGAUGACAAUGAUCCUGUCCAAGCGUUACUAUCCGGAUACCAAACUCCUCGACCUCUCAAAACUCUCAUCCGACCCAGAUCUGGUAGCCAUGGGCAUUUUUAACCAGACUUCGACCGAGUCCAAGUUCUUCCCUGCCCUGAUGAAGGUCUGGGAGAUGGGAUUCACCAACACGACGCAGCGACGAGAGGCGGUGGAGAGUGUCAGUCUGGCUCACAACCAACUCACAGCCAUCACUGCGGUGACAACCCUCUCCCAGACUUUCCCGGAUAUCAAGAACCUGGACCUUUCCCACAACAACCUCAAGGACUACCGGUCGAUGAACGCAUGGCGCUGGAAGUUCCGCAAUCUCGAGUUCCUCGAUCUGACAGAGAACCCGUUCAGUUCUGAGCCUAAUUUCAAAGAAACUAUGAUGAAAUGGUUCCCAAAGUUGCAAACACUGAACAACGUGGUCGUCCGCACCCCCGAGGAAAUCGCAGCUCAGAAGAAGACGCCCAUUCCAGUCCAAGCACCCCACUUCCAGGACGAUGGCCAAAUCGCGGAGAACUUCAUUCGCGCCUUCUUCACUCGCUACGACAACAAUCGUGACGAACUCGUUAAGAGCGUCUACGAUCAUCAAUCCGAAUUCACUCUGAACGUGAAUACCUCGGCUCCCAAGGCCCAGCAGACUGAAUCUGCAGGCUGGGACCCGUACAUCAAGAAGAGCCGAAAUCUCCUCAAAAUCAGCCACCUUCCUGCUCGCAUGUCGCGUGCUUACAAGGGUGCGGAGAAGAUCCUCGAACUAUGGAAGGGUCUCCCGCAAACCCGUCACCCCGACAUGACCGCACGCCCAGAGGAGUACCUGAUCGAGUGCCACCCCGUCCCCGGGCUUCCCGACCCUACUGGACAAAGUCCUACCGGUGUGGGCGGUCUUAUGAUCAUGACUCACGGGAAGUUUGAGGAAAGCGUCGGAGGAAAGAUCGAGACACGUAGCUUCGACCGAACCUUCGUGAUUGGCCCCGGUGGUGGGAUGGGCGGCAUUCGGGUCAUCAACGACAUCUUGUGUCUCCGAGCCUACGGUGGUCAUGAAGCAUGGAGCCCGGAGAACCAGGCUAUUCCUUACGCAACAGCUCCCGCCGCUGUUGCACCCGUGGCUGCACCCGCGCCUCUUGCUGCCCCUGUACCCGCGCCCCUCGCCCAGCCUGGUAUUCCCCAAGGAUACGGUGCCCCUGCUCCUGGCAAAACCGAUGCCCAAGUCCAGCAGGAGCAGAUGGUGGCCCAAAUGAGUGCCAAGUCGGGCAUGACUCUCCAGUUUUCGGAGAUGGCUUUGUCCGGCAAUGGCUGGAAUUUCGAUGCCGCGUGGAAGAACUUUGAAGAACUCAAGGCAUCGGGAAACCUGCCCGCCACCGCUUUCCUCUCAGUGGCCUAG